UCAUUUUGCCAAAAGAGUAUAAAAUCAAACACCACAAAAGUCAAAAAGUACAACCUGUGAAGCAGAACGCACAACUCGUGGAAGCAUCAUUUCCUCUCUCCUCUCCACCCAUUUUUUCGUGUACGUCUUCACCAUCACAGCCACACCAUUUGCAUGAAAUCCGAGCAAAAACCCAUCUCAAAUUCAUCCCAAUUUUGGAAACCCUAACCAAUUUAGGUAGAAAUCAGAACCCAAAAAUCGCUUCUUUAUUAUGUAUACACAAACAGCAAUUUGAGUUUUGAUUCAAUUUCUUCCACUUUCAGUAACUCCAAUUAAGCAAAAAAAAAAAAAAUGGAGUUGAUUUGCUCGAGCUGUACACACAUUUCAUCAUCUUCGCCGUUGCUUUCGCCGGUGAUUAAUUACCCGAAGAACCACCGGAAUUAUGUGAAAUUGAAUCGGAAGUAUUCAACUAGAAGAACCGUGAGAAUUCGAGCGCGGAAGAGCGAUUCGUUGGUACAAGUCGAGAAGCCCCUAGGUACAAGCAGUAAUAGCGCGUUAGACCAGCUUGAUAUUGAACGCGGUGUUUGUGUUCCCUUCCGAAAGUACACCCCAGAGUCAGUGAGCAAUAAAGUACUGGAGUCGAGAGGGGCAAUAUUGUCAUUAAUUGGUAGAGGAGUGCAAAUUGUAUGGAAUUUGGGAUUCUAUUGGUCCACCUUGAUGUAUGAUUGCUUUGUGGGUCGUGAUGAAGAAGUUGUUCCUUUCCGUGCACGUCAACUAAGGAAUCUGCUCUGUGACUUGGGUCCUUCUUUCAUCAAAGCUGGGCAGGUGCUUGCGAAUAGGCCUGAUAUUAUUAGAGAGGAUUACAUGAAUGAACUUUGCAUCCUUCAAGAUGAUGUUCCUUCUUUCCCUAAUGAGAUCGCUUUUGCCAUCAUAGAAGAGGAACUGGGACAACCACUUGAGGCUGUUUUCAGCAAAAUUUCAUCAGAGACGAUUGCAGCAGCAAGCUUGGGUCAAGUAUAUCGAGCCACACUUCGAUCUUCUGGAGAAGAUGUUGCUAUUAAGGUGCAAAGGCCUGAGAUAGAGCCCAUCAUUUAUAGAGAUCUUUUUCUAUUUCGUACGCUAGCUUCAUUUUUGAAUGGCAUCAGCCUGCAGAAACUGGGUUGUAAUGCAGAGCUUAUAGUUGAUGAAUUUGGUGAAAAGCUUUUGGAGGAGCUUGACUAUACCUUGGAAGCCCGUAAUAUUGAAGAUUUUCUUGAGAACUUUAAGGACGACCCUACAGUUAAAAUUCCCCGUGUUUAUAAGCAACUUUGUGGUUCACGUGUGUUAGUGAUGGAGUGGAUCGAUGGAAUUCGAUGCACAGACCCUCAGGCUAUCAAGGAUGAAGGAAUUGAUGUAGCCGGGUUUUUGACUGUUGGAGUGAGUGCCGCCCUGCGACAGUUGCUAGAGUUUGGUCUAUUUCAUGGUGACCCGCACCCUGGAAAUAUAUUUGCCAUGCGUGAUGGGCGUAUUGCUUACGUGGAUUUCGGGAAUGUGGCUGUUCUCAGUCAGCAAAAUAAACAAAUUCUUAUCGACGCCGUUGUCCAUGCUGUAAAUGAAGACUAUGCUGAGAUGGCCAAUGAUUUUACCAGGCUCGGUUUUCUGGCCAGUGGAACCGAUGUCUCCCCAAUUGUUCCUGCUUUGGAGUCAAUAUGGCAGAACUCUGUUGGAAAAGGGCUUUCCGACUUUAACUUUAGAAGUGUUACAGGCAAGUUUAAUCAACUAGUUUACAAUUAUCCAAUUCGCAUUCCAGAGAGGUUCUCUCUCGUUAUUCGCUCUCUGUUGACUCAAGAAGGCAUUUGCUUCACCCUGAAGCGCGAUUUCAAGUUCCUCGAGGUUGCCUAUCCUUAUAUAGCAAAGCGUCUUCUCACAGAUCCAAAUCCUGCUUUACGUUCACGUCUUAUUCAGGUUUUAUUUAAAGACGGGGUUUUCCAGUGGAAACGGCUCGAGAACCUAAUUGUUCUAGCAAAGGAAAACGUGUCAAAGAUGAGCAGCAACCCCGCUUAUCAGGGAAACAACACAGAAAGGUCUACGGAGCAUCAAGCUCUGAACAAAUUGGACCUCACAGACACAAUCAAAGACGGGACCCGCCUUUUCCUAAUCGACGAAGGGAUUCGAAGGCAGCUUCUUCUUGCUCUUACCGAAGAUUCCAAGCUUCAUAUUCAAGAGCUUGUAGAUGUGUACAGACUGCUCGAGGACCAAAUAGACGUACGUUCAGUAGCUUUGCAAGUAGCUCAAGAUCUUCCUUCGGUUGCUCGAGAUGUAAUGCUUUCUUGGAGUGCAUCUGUCUUGUCUAAUCGAUAGAUAAGCUCAGUUUUUGGUGUCUUAUAUAUACAUACACUUAUACAUAUAUGUAUGUUGUAAAAUGUGAUUUGUGUAGUUGUGCUUGAGGAAGUUAUAUAAAUAACUCAAAUUCAAGUUUUGUAUAUAUAGCUACAAUUAUUUAUACAUAGAAAAAAAUACUAUAUUUCUCAAA